ACAACUCACACCAACACUAUAAAAUCAUUUUUUUGUGCUACAAACACCACCAUUACACCCUAUCUAUCCCUAGCUUUUUAUUUAUUAGCAUUUCUCGUUCUCGUACGCUCCCGAAAAUGGCCAGUAAGGAAGAUGCCGAACAACACAGGGAAGAGGAGGAAACCACCGCCGCCGAGGACGAAGAUACCGGUGCUCAGGUAGCUCCGAUCGUCAAACUUGAGGAGGUCACUGUCACCACUGGGGAAGAGCACGAAGAUGCCAUCCUCGAUCUUAAAUCAAAGCUUUACCGAUUUGACAAAGACGGAAAUCAGUGGAAAGAGCGAGGCGCUGGUACCGUCAAGUUCUUGAAGCACAAAGAGAGUGGCAAGGUUCGUCUUGUUAUGAGGCAAUCCAAAACCCUCAAGAUCUGCGCCAAUCAUCUUGUUUUGCCAACCAUGACUGUGACGGAGCACGCUGGUAAUGACAAGUCUUGUGUGUGGCACGCUACUGAUUUCGCUGAGGGUGAAUUGAAGGACGAGCUUUUCUGCAUUAGAUUUGCAUCAGUUGAAAAUUGCAAACUCUUCAUGGAGACCUUUCAAGAAGUUGCUGAGUCGCAGCAGCAGAAGGAAGAUAACGAAGAUGCGUCUGCAGCUGCUGGGCUUUUGGAGAAGCUGAGUGUCGAAGAGAAAAAGACUGAGGAAAAAACCGAGGAGGCACCUGUUGUAACCAAGGAGGAGGUUCCUGUUGUUACCAAGGAAGAUAAGGAUAGCAAGAACGAAACAGUGAAGGAAGAAGAGUCAGAGAAGAAGGAGCCUGCUUCCUCUACCUAAGAAUGGUAAUUAUUUUUCCAUGGUACCAUACUUUGGAAUAUUAAGAGAGUAGUCACUGGCUUCUUUUCUGCCCGUGCUAGGGGUAUUCAUUCUGGUAUUGGGUCAGUGGAUUGUGGUUUAUGGGCUGAAAUGCCAUUGGUCUAUGCGUCCUUAUUCACUUGGUAUUUCUGCCAAGAUUGGGUCGAACUUUUUUGGGUCAUGUUUGCAGGUUGAAGAUUGUUUUCUUUUUCUUUUUCGAGUUUGAGUGUUAUCAGAGUUUUAAGUAGGGUUUACGGUAAUGUUUAAUAGUUGGGGGUUAAGUUGCAGGUAUUAAAGCAGUGCUGCGAGAAUUACUUGUUAUUUAGACGAGUUUCUUUUGCGAUAUAAUUUCUUCAUUUGUUCAGGGGUCUCAAAA